AUGUAUAAGAUGGAGUAUUCUUACCUCAAUUCUUCUGCCUACGAGUCGUGUAUGGCCGGGAUGGACACCUCCAGCCUGGCCUCAGCCUAUGCGGACUUCAGCUCCUGCAGCCAAGCCGGUGGCUUCCAGUACAACCCCAUCAGGACCACGUUUGGGGCCACCUCCGGGUGUCCCUCCCUCACCCCGGGAUCCUGCAGUCUCGGCACGCUGCGGGACCACCAGAGCAGCCCGUACGCCGCAGUCCCUUACAAGCUCUUCACGGACCACGGCGGUCUGAACGAGAAGCGCAAGCAGCGCCGCAUCAGGACCACGUUCACGAGCGCGCAGCUCAAGGAGCUCGAGAGGGUCUUCGCGGAGACGCACUACCCCGACAUCUACACCAGAGAGGAGCUCGCGCUCAAAAUCGACCUGACGGAAGCCCGCGUGCAGGUUUGGUUCCAGAACAGACGAGCUAAGUUCCGCAAACAGGAACGAGCUGCGGCUGCUGCUGCUGCGGCUGCCAAGAACGGAUCAUCGGGCAAAAAGUCGGACUCUAGGGAUGAAGACAGCAAAGAGCCCAAAGCCACCGACCCCGAUAGCACCGGGGGUCCCAACCCAAACCCCAACCCCAACCCCAGCUGUGGAGGACCCAGUCCCACCGGAGGACAGGUUAACCCUGGCGGUGCCGGUCCGGUAGAACCGGUCAAGACGUCCGUAGCUGGAGGUCUGGGGGUUACUGCGCCGAGCCAGGGCUGGGCGUCCACCCCCAGCACCAUCACAUCCAUCCCCGACUCCUUAGGUGGACCCUUCGCCAGCGUACUGUCCUCCUUGCAAAGGCAGAACGGAGCCAAAGCCGCCUUAGUGAAAACCAGCAUGUUCUGA